UUUAGGCCAUUCAUUGCUCAUGGCUGAAUAUACACACAUGCACAAGCAUAGGAGUCGCUCAUCUAAAGAUCGAGCGUAAAAUUUAUUCUAUUUUUUGAACAUCGGCUAAAAGUUCAAUAUUGCAGCUGAAUGGUGGAAAUCAGAUACCGAAGAUGUGAUCAACGAGGCUCUAAAAUCCGGUUCGGCGCCAAAUGUAUCUGAUGCUCACACAAUCAAUGGCUUUCCUGGACUAGUUCCAAAUUGUUCAUCUACAAGGGGCUACACAUUGAACGUUAAGCCAGGAAAAAGCUACAUGCUAAGAGUAGUCAAUGCCGCACUCAAUGAAGAACUUUUUUUCAAGAUUGCAGGGCACAAGAUGACAGUAGUAGAAGUUGAUGCUACAUAUGUUAAACCUUUCAAAACCGACACGAUUCUGGUUGCCCCCGGCCAAACCACCAAUGUCAUCCUGGAGGCAGACAAGGGCGCGGGGAGGUACCUGGUAGCGGCUGCCACCUUCAUGGACACUCCAGUGGUGGCCAUCGACAAUUUGACAGCAACUGCCAUGCUUCAUUAUACCGGAAAACUUUCUAGCACCACAACAAUGUUAACUACUCCUCCACCUCGAAAUGCCACGCUAGUAGCCAACAAUUUCACAGACUCUCUCAAAAGCCUAAAUUCGAAAAAAUAUCCUGCCAAAGUGCCACUAACAGUUGAUCGUUCUCUGUUAUUUACUGUCGGGCUUGCAGUUAAUCCAUGUCCCACAUGCAAAGCCGGGAAUGGAAGCCGUGUUGUGGCCGAUAUAAACAAUGUCACAUUUGUAAUGCCAAAUAUUGCUCUUCUGCAGGCACAUUACUUCAAGAUUAAAGGAGUUUUCACCACCGAUUUCCCUGGGAAUCCUCCAAGUACCUUUAAUUAUACCGGCAAUCCUCCAGCAAAUUUACAGAGUACAAAUGGAACAAAGCUUUAUAGGCUACCUUACAAUGCAACAGUUCAAGUGGUUUUGCAAGAUACUGGUAUGAUUGCACCUGAGAACCAUCCUGUUCAUCUACAUGGCUUCAAUUUCUUUUCUGUUGGUAGGGGACUAGGAAAUUUCAAUCCAAAAACUGAUCCCAAGAAAUUCAAUCUUGUCGACCCUGUUGAAAGAAACACGAUCGGAGUACCAUCUGGAGGAUGGGUUGCUAUAAGAUUCCGUGCUGAUAAUCCAGGGGUAUGGUUUAUGCAUUGCCAUUUGGAAGUGCAUACAACAUGGGGACUAAAAAUGGCUUUCUUGGUGGACAAUGGACAAGGCCCUAAUGAGUCCGUUCUGCCACCUCCUAAGGAUCUUCCAAAAUGUUAAAUUUCGACGCGGAUUAUGAGUUUCGAGAAUUCAUAAUUGAAGAGUAAUCUUCGAGUGUUUGAAAGAGAGGAAAAGGGCAAAUGGAACAUCAAUGAAGAAGCAAACAGGAAAGGAUUGAGUUAAUAAAACAAUUAGUUGAGUGCAGAGAGUUGAGAUUCAUUUGUUUCUUGAGUAAAGAAAAUUUUGCAAAGCAGAGGAUAAUAAUUAAAUGUUGUACCAUUUGUGAUCUAAUUUACAAGAAUUCCACUACAUUUGCUAAGAAAGAGAUCAUGUCUUGUUUUAAUACCGUGUUUAUGAACAUGAUUGUGUCAUUGUUUA